CCCAUCACUUCAUCGCGGCGACGGCGUGCCAGGAGGCGGACUACGGCUGGAUGAUCCGGCACCACUGCCUGAAGCAGUUCCAGCUCAGCAUGGAGGGCAUCGGGCAGCGGCUCUGGUGCGACUGGGAUGAGACCGUGGGGUAA